CGCAUGGAUUCUGUUGUCCCUUCCGUUAUCUCAUGCCUCUUUAGAGCUUAGUCUGAUUGACUUUCGUCAACUGAAACCAGGCCCGGCGAUCACCGUUGCAUUGGUCUGCGUUUGGGAGAGACACAGCCACCGGGGUCGCUAGUUGGCGCUUACCGUGCUUUCCACUCCCACCCACCCCCCGCCAAAAGAGCGCCAAAUCCUGCCUUUGGAAUCCUGCUUCUGAAAUCCUGUUAACUUUUCCCCUAUAUCCCUUUCCGUCAUGAUGCUGGAUGGAUACAAUUGCUUUUAGAACUGUGUCUGCAUUUGUGUUCAGCAAAUGUAGACACUCAUGGGUUGGUCCUCGUUGAUCAUGGAUGAGGAGGUUCAAUUACCUUUGGCUGAGCGGCUCGAAGGGCCCCAUCAUGAUGAUGCGCAGCAUCCAACACCACCAACAGCAUGCUUGACCAAGCUGCAACGCGGUCCGAUCACAGACGAGAAAGAGCUCGCAGGCGAGCAGCGUUCUUCCCCUUUUGCGCGUCUACCUCGCACAGUCAUCGAGCAUAUACUCUUCGUUGCGGAUGCUAACACAUUCGCGUCGCUCGCCUUACUGAAUCGCAAAUGGAGACGGAUCUCUGACUCGACUGUGCUCUAUUCUCACCAUCUGACUCAAUGCCCGUCUUUUUCUCUAACUCAGAAGGCCGUUGCCGAGCCAUGUCGGCCAUGCGAUUUGUCACACCUCAAACAACUGUUUUGCACCCAAAUCAGACGCAAUGCCUUCGAGACCUUUUUGCGACCUCGCAGGACUUUGAUCAAGCUGAUAUCGACCUCAAUGAGCUCGUCGACUGCCUUUCCGCAGGGUGAAGCUUUCAGGUUCUCUUUCUCCCCCAAUGGCCAACUGAUUUUGUGCAUCAGUUCUUCUAGAAUCGUGGUUCUUGACGUCACUUCAAACUCGGCUUCAGUGAAGCAUGAACUCAAAACCUGGAGGCGUCCACUACAUGCUGCGAUUGCAGACGAUGGCUCUCUGCUGGCCGUGGUUUCUUCCAGCCAUCGCGUCAAUAUUUACAGUCUUUGUAGUGAGGAAGCAAGGCUGGUCCAAGAUCUCACAUUGAACGAUGUUCCUCGAACGCUAGCACUAUCCCCCACGGGAGGUGUGCUUGCUAUUGCGUACGAUGAUAGCAUUGAAGUACAUGCUAUCGGAGAAGGGGUGCUAGCUACUGAAAGACGAGCAGUCCGCUGCUCUGGCGUCGACGCUGUCUCUUUCUCUUCAGAUGGAGCCAUGCUUCUCGGCACCUCCGCCGAUCCCCAAAAUAGCGGUUUGGUCACGAUAUCCGUCCCGUUCUACGCCGAAUCAGAGCCUGAACUUUCGCUCAGAGAUGUUCAGAGACGGAUGUGGACGACCCAAAUCCUCUUCCCAGAUGUCACCACGGGGUUCAGUCGCGCAUGUAUGCUCCCUCUCCACUCCGAGGGCGAGGGUAGUUGGAUCUUGGGUUUUGACGAACAAAUCAAUUCACUUCGAGCAUUUGGAGCCAAUAAUACUGGUUCAGGCACAAUUUACUUUGUGACGCCGAUGUCCGAUGACGGAUUAAGAGAAUCCCCUCCCAUCAUGCUACCUACUGUUGAUGCGAUGGGGGAACUGGUUGCGGCUGGCUUCGAAGAGUCCGGCCUUUGGGUUUAUGGCAUACCUGAUCGACUGGAUAUAGCUCCUGUUGCAACAAGCGCACGACCAACCGUGGACUCAGAUGUGAAUUUAAAUACCUGGGCGCAUGAAGGCGCGCUAGUUGGCGAAGACUGCUCAACCCGACUAGAGCGGUCCCUCACCAAACCGAAAGUACUCAUCAAGGGCCACAAAGUAAGUGAUAUGCCCGGUAUGACUGCAGCCCAUUGGGUAGAAUGCCCAGGGAUGGCCGCAGAACACAGGCGCUUGGUGGCCGUCGCGCCAGGCGGCAUAAGUCCCCCAACAAUUGGCGAGGAAGAUGUGCCUGUUGAUGGUGGACGAGUCCUUUUGCUGGACUUUGCACGGUCGGCAAGCGAUGGCAAUCACCUUGAGAUCAGUAUUGAGGUCGGCGAUGCCGAACCGAAAAUGCUUAGCGAGCCAGACUCGAGUCUGGCGACAGAGGUGGAACUAGAACGGAGAAGGACUCGCAUACACCGUGCCAACGCCACUUUGCCGCGAGCAAGAGCAUUUGCGCGAGAGUCAUAUCCGUCGGCCAGUUCUGUCUACCACUCGUCUCGGCCGAACAUCCGCCGCAACAGCUCCUUCUUCUCAAGUUCGUCGAAUGGGGACGCAUAUCAUAUUCCUGAGUCUCCGUAUGACAAUACACAACCGCGGUCAAGAGAUACCCUGCGUCGCGCUGCAACCGCAGUGGCUCAUACUAGGGAACGACAUAACCCUCAGCCUCGCAAUGCGCAGCGUCUCUCCCAGACCCCGAGACCAGUUCCUCAGGCUUUCCAGGUUCCUCAUGAAAGCGACGCUGACAACUGGGUGCCGCCGCCUCCACCCUAUUCUCGCGUGCCAGAUGCACCCCUACCCGAGUAUCUGCGAACAACCUUGCUACCUUCCAGAACAGAGCCCAUCACUCGGGUUGGUGAACCUCCCGCCGAUGUUCGACGCUCGCAAACCAGCCGUCUCGAGAGUAUGGCCGAGGAAGCGCCCUCUCGGGGUUCGCUGCAAAGGUUGAACAGUAUUGCCGGUGUUAGGCUAGCCUCCCGCUUGAUGCGGAACAGCAUCCGGGAGCCCGACUCUCUCGAACGAGUACGAAGACCGACCUCGAUUAUGCGCAGGAGAAAAAGUUCCGCCACCGGCGCUCCGCCGAACCUUGAAAGCCAAGCACCGCUAGUAGCCCCCCUUCAAGAAGCGGUCGAACACCAGAGACAACCUCAACUGGAGAGCAUAACCGACUACUCAGUGCAGCCUAGCCGAUCUGUGCCGCUGCUCUCUACUGACCCGUCUGUACCCCAAUCAAAUCCUCAAGUCGACUAUGGUAAUUUCUCGCUCGAGCAACCUCUUAUGCAUGCCCGAAUCGACACUCCGGAGUCCAUACCCGUUACGCCGGAAGUCGGCAACAACCGCCGAUAUUCCAUCUCCUCCCCGAACCUCCGAGUCUCAUCGGUUCCACAGUACGAUGCGCCCGAAGUCUUCCAAGGCAGUCAGCGUCGUCCCAGUCAUCCCUACCGUAUGGUCGACCGCCGGUUUCAAUCCCAAGAAGUCCGAUCACCGGUAGGAGACGUGAUCCAGCCCCUCCACCACCGGGCUUCGACUGACCCCACGCUAUCGGCAAGCUCCCAAGCGGCUGCACAUGACCUGUGGCGGCGACGCAUUGAGGAGUGGAAUGAACAAACCAUUUACGAGAGGAGUAAACGGCGAAGCAAAUGUAUUGUGAUGUAGGAUGGAGAUUUUUUACCUUUUUUUUUUUUUUGUGGGGGGGGG